AUUUUAAGAGUUGAUCUCAAACCACAGAAUACUCGCAGAAGUCAAGAAAAUUUCAUUUUAAUGAUGCAUAUUCGAUUCCUUUUCGCAUUGGCCUUAACAGGUCUGUUGAUGGGCGUUGUGGCAGCAAGCGAUCGAGCACAUCCUCGCAGCACUGGCACCUCAACGCGAUUGGGCUCCGCGUCACAUCUCACGAACGAAGCAGAACGUGAGGCUAGCUAUUGGAUUGCUAAGGCACAGAAUACGCUCAGCGAAAAACUCCAACAAUCAGCGAAACUGAAUGCAAAUGGUAACGCUAAGAACAUCAUCUUCUUCCUCGGCGAUGGCAUGUCGAUUCACACAGUCACAGCCGCACGCAAUCUAAUGGGCGACAGCGCUAAUCAGGUGUCAUUCGAAAAAUUCCCCUACUUUGGCUUGUCGAAGACAUACUGCGUCGACCGACAAGUGGCUGAUUCAGCUUGCACAGCCACCGCCUAUUUGGGUGGCGUGAAGGCCAACUACGGCACAAUAGGCGUGAAUGCCAAAGUAAAGCGUCAUGAUUGCACCACCGGCCAGAAUCCGGAUAACUUUGUGGAUAGUAUUGCUAAGUGGGCGCAAGAUGCGGGAAAAGAUACUGGGUUGGUGACAACGGCGCGUGUGACACACGCCUCACCGGGUGGCAUGUAUGCGCAUACUGCCAAUCGAGAUUGGGAGAAUGAUGCCGCUGUGUUCUCGAAGAGUGGCUGUAGCGCUAAGAGCAAUGUAGAUAUCGCACGUCAGCUGGUGGAGUGGAAUGUGGGUAAGAAUUUGAAAGUGGUCAUGGGUGGCGGUCGGCGCAACUUUAUUAACACUACGGUCAACGAUGAAGAAGGACUGCCUGGCCAGCGUACGGAUGGCCGAAAUUUGAUCCAGGAUUGGUUGAAGGAUAAAGAUACAAAUAACCAGCAGGCAGCAUAUGUUUGGAGCAAGAAAGGCUUGAGUUUGGUGGAUUUGGAUAAAACGGAGUAUUUGCUAGGAUUAUUCGCAAAUUCGCAUUGCCCCUACAAUGGCGAUUUGGAACGCAGCAACUACAAACUAGUGAAGCCAUCGCUAACCGAGAUGACGGAGGCCGCAAUUAAGGUAUUGCAAAAGAACAAAAACGGCUACUUCCUCUUUGUGGAAGGUGCACGCAUCGACAUGGCGCAUCAUGAUACCCGUGCACGUAAAUCACUGGAGGAUACCGUGGAGUUCUCACGCGCUAUUGAGCGUGCACGCGAAAUGACCUCAGAAGAGGAUACGCUCAUCGUGGUAACGUCAGAUCACUCGCACACCAUGACCAUUAACGGCUAUCCGUAUCGCGAUUCAGCAAUCACUGGCUUGUCCGAUUCGCUAGGCGCUGAUGGUUUGCCUUUCACCAUUUUGUCCUACGCCAAUGGACCCGGUUUCAGCAGUACCUAUAAUGAACAAACCGGCCGCAGCGAGAUAACCGCCGAACAGACAGAAAACGUACGUUUUGAAUAUCCCGCCACAGUGCCAUUGGACUCUGAAACUCAUGGUGGAGAUGACGUGGGCGUGUUCGCUUCUGGGCCAUUCGCACAAUAUUUCAGCGGAAAUUACGAGCAAUCAAAUAUACCUGCAAUGAUGGCGCGAGCGCUCAAUAUUGGCCCAUAUGCUAAUAUUUGAAUUAUCUGCAAAAAUCUGAUAUUUUAUGAUUAAAAAUUUGCAAA